UUGGAAAUCCCUAGUUUUCAGAAACACUUGGUUGAAAGUUGAAGCUCCUGUACGACCCUACUGCAGCGAUCUCUCCCUCUCGCGUUCUCUGACGAUCUCCUCCAUCGAUGAUCUUCUCCAAUGACAUCUCUUCCAGCGAUAGCUUCUCCAGCGGCGAUCUCCUCCGGUGACGGCCCCUCCAACUUCCUCUCCUUGCUAUCCCCUGUGUCUUCUCCGCCAAAAUCUCAGCACCUCCCUUUCGUUCUGGAUCAGGAAGGUCGGCUUGCCUCUUUUAGGUUGUUUGUGAGGAUUCAUCACGAGUGGUUCCACUGUUUGUGCAGCAAGAUCAACAGCAAAAGCAAGAAUAAGAAGAGUGGAGUAGUAGUAGCAAGUGUACUUCUCCAUAGUCCACAUCCGCUAUGGCCGAGCAUUGAAGCUUCGAUUUUGGUGAACAGGAAAGCUCUGGAUUGUACAGACACUCAGAACCAUAAUCCACAUAAUAAUGAGGUUGGGGAGGCUAUACCACUAAGUAAUGCUUCAGUGGAUGCAGUUGUUGGAACGCUUGUAUUGUGUUCUGUUAAAGAUGUUGAUUUGGCAUUAAAAGAGAGGAGCUUACAAGUUACAGCAAAGAAGAGUAUUUACUCAAUCAUCACUGUACUUAUUAGUUUACCUGUGUGAUUAUCAUCACUGUACUCAUUAUAUAUUCCUCCCAAUGCAUAGAUAUUAAUUGAUAUUAUUAUACUCAAUCAUCAUUGCUGGGGCACUUGAACUCAGUGAGAAGACAGCUAGCGAUGCGAUGACUCCUAUAUCUGACACAUUUGCCAUUGAUAUUAAUUCCAAACUUGAUAGGGAGCUGAUGAACCUAAUAUUGGAGAGGUGGCACAGCAGAGUCCCGGUUUAUUAUGAGCAGCCUACAAAUAUUAUUGGACUUAUACUAAUGGGAAUCAUCUAGCUUGAAGGAGGUUCCAGUAGUGAUCAUGUCAUUGGGGAACAUAC